CUGACCGAUGUCAUGGCAGAUUUUUGGCGCUUCAGCUUCCACGAGCAUGGCACCUACGACUUGCCCGCCAUAAUUGACCGCAUGGCAGAGGUCGCUGGCGGCGAGCAGGAGUCAAGCGGAGCGGAUAAAGAGGAGCCACCGCGACAAGUGCUGCUAAUUGGACACUCGCAGGUGAGCGGAGUUUGUCCGGUGUUGCCCUUCCCUAAACAUGGCUUCAUCCUCCGUUCGGUAUUCAGGCCUUCAAUGCGUUCCUGGUGCUCUGCUCGAUGCAUCCGCGCUUCAAUCAACGCAUCCAGCUCAUGCAGGCUCUGGCGCCCCUCGCCCGGCUGCAUGGACAGGUGCGUUUCGCCUCCGCACAGGUGCGCAGCCUCAUGAAGUUUGUCAA